AUGGGGAGCGGCGGAGCAGGGGAGGCGGGGAUUGGGGGGGAGGAGGGGAGGGGGAGCAACAGCCAAUUGGGAGCGGAGGGGGCGCGGCCUGAGGUGCGGGAAAGGGCGGGCAAUGAAUGGGGCGUGGAGAGAGGCGGGGCCUGGAAGGAAACGAAACUGGGCGGGGCCUGUGCGGGCAUUAAUGGGGCGUGGGAAAGGGGCGGGGCCAUCAAUGGGAGGGUGUCCCCCCCUGCCCUCCCUCCCGAGGUGCCCCCAGCGGUGGCCGCACAGCACCGGGCCCUGGCGGCCCUGGUGGCCCUGGCCGAGGCCUUGGGGACACCGGACAGCGUCCCCACGGCACUGGUUGAGGCCGAGGCUGCGCUGAGCCAGGCCCGGGUGGCCCGGGAGGGGCUGGAGAGGGCCCGGGAGGCCGCGGUGGCCCCAGCGGUGGCCCUGGGGACCCUGGGGGACGAGGACAAGCAGUGGCUGAGGCAGGUCGGGGCCAUGGCCGAGGCGGCAGCGGCGACACUGGAACGCGAGGAGGGACGGGCAUGGCGGUGCCAGCGCUGGCUGCGGGCUGGGCACGGGCUGACCAUGGGGCUGAUGGUGCUGUGUGGGAUCGUGUUGUCCCUGGACUCAGCCCGCGCCGCCCUGGGGGUGGCCGAGGACAGUCACCUGCUGCUGGCCCUGACCGUGGUGGCCGUGUCCUGUGAGGUGGCCUGGCGGGGCUUGGAGACAUCGCGGCGUCACCUGGCCACUGCUGCGGGCCACCAGCGGGACAUGGCCCUGCGCCUGUGGGAUCGCGCCCGGCGGGUGGCGGCCGCCAGGGCCAGCGCUGAGGCUGCCGCGGCCACCAACGAGGUCACCGCGGAUGUGCUGGGGCGGCUGGAGGAGGUGACGCGGGCGCUGAAGAAGUUGGUGGCCGCUGUCACCCGGGACAGGGAGGUGACACCGUGGGGGACACGGGGACAGGGCUUCCCCAGCGCUGCCCGGGUGCUCGGGGACAUCGUGGAGGACUUGGCGACCUCGGGUGAGGGGCAUGAGGAGGUGACGCGGAGGCUGGAGGUGGCCCAGCGGGCACUGGCGGGGCAGGGGUAG